ACAGAUCGAUAAAUAACAAAAACAUGAAAACAGAAAAACAGUCAGCAACACGGCCAGCACGCCGCAGCCGCACGGACGGCACGGACGCGACGUCGGGCAGGACGUAAUGUAGAGAACGACCGCAGGCUCUGGCAAAACAGGAUCUCCGAUUCAUAUUAUAGUUUUGAGGAAUUUGAAGGCCGAGGCACCGCAGCCAAAUGCAAGCUUUUGCCGGAGGAAUCGGAGGAUUAAUGGGGGGCAAGGAUAAGAGUGAAGAUGUAGCAACAAGAACAAAUUAAUUCUUCUCUAUGUAACUUAAUUUGAAAAUUUUCAACCUAGGCUUUGAUACUUAUCCACAGGAGAUCAAGUAUAGUAAAAAUGGACAACCCAGCAGGCGAGGACAGCUCUGAAAUUUGUCCUGACAAAAUGCAGGAAAAGCCAAUCGAGUCGAAAGAUGUGGAAAUGGACUUUGACGAUGGAGCAGAUCAGACGAAAUCAAAGGGAUGGUUUUCAAGACUGUGGGGUGCAAUCCGCCCUGAAGUUUUGUGUCCUCAACCCUCCGCCUUGUUGACCCUGAUUAUGAUAGUUGUGAUGAUACUCCUGACCUUUGGCGCUCUGAUCUCGCUUUUGGGAAACACGGCAAUGCCUCCGGACGGAGGAAUUUUUCAACUGGUCAUGUUGACAUUUGUUGCUUUUGCAGCCGGCUUUUUACUUAGUUUGUGCAAAAUGCCACCACUUUUGGGGAUGCUGCUCUCUGGAAUUCUACUUAGAAACGUAGGCGCGUUUUACUUGGAGGAUUCAUACUUGGAAGCUGUAUCUAGUCUGAGAAAACUUGCCAUGGUAGUGAUUCUAAUCAAAGCAGGACUAGGGUUAGACCCACAGGCGCUCAAGCGCCUCAGUUGCAUGGUCAUCCGACUUUCCUUCUGCCCAUGUUUAGUUGAGGCAGUGACUGCAAUGUUUGCAGCACACCUGCUCCUGGGGAUGCCUUGGCUCUGGGGAAUUCUCCUGGGUUGUGUGUUGGCCGCCGUUUCUCCGGCAGUGGUGGUUCCGUCCCUCCUUGCCUUAAAAGAAGAAGGCUACGGAGAGGACAAAGGAAUAUCAACUUUAGUCAUAGCAGCGUCCAGCUUGGACGACAUUGCUGCCAUUUCUCUGUUCGGAAUAUUUCUCGGAAUGAUAUUUUCUACACAAUCUGGAGGUUUGACUAUGGAGAUCUUGCAGGGGCCAAUAGAAAUAACACUUGGAAUAAUUUUUGGCAUUUGCUACGGUUUACUUCUGAUCUAUAUUCCGCAUGGCAAAGAAAAAAAUAUAAGAAUAUGGAGAAUAUUCCUAUUACUUGGAGGUGGAAUUCUGGCUGUUUUCGGCAGCGAGCGAGUCGGAUUUGGAGGUGCAGGUCCGCUGGGGCUAAUUGUGGCUGCAUUUUUUGCUUCUAGUGGUUGGCAGUCGAAUGUUAUCAAUGACAAGAUAACGGAAACAGUAGUUGAAUUUUUCUCGACUACCUGGUUAAUAUUCCAACCAAUCUUAUUUGGUUUGAUUGGAACUGAAAUAAAAUUCUCUGAGCUUGAAGGAUCGACCGUGCUUCUUGGCCUUGCCGUUUUACUCAUCGGCCUCAGUCUUCGAGUUGCUACGGUUUGGCUGAUUUCAGUCAAUGGCAUUCUUUCAAUGAAGGAGAGACUUUUUGUAGCCAUUGCCUGGUUCCCUAAAGCAACUGUGCAAGCUCUCUUGGGUCCAAUUGCUUUGGACUUGGCUAGACAAACUGGUGCAUCAGCAGAAGUCAUUCACCUAGGAGAGCAGGUGCUGACGAUAUCUGUGCUCUCUAUUCUUGUCACUGCCCCCAUUGGGGCAAUUGGAAUUAAAUUCUCUGGUCCGCGCCUUCUUAACUGUGUGAUAAAGGAGCAACCAUGACAACAAAUAGUCAAGUUUCCCAAGUGCAAAGUUGGGAAGCUGCUCUCUAAUAGGUCCAGGAAAUUUUAAUCUUUUCCAUUUAAUGGGAAAUAAAUGUUAUGGUACUAUUUUUUGUUAUGUUUUGAAAUCUAAAAAUUCAAUAUUGCAAUCUGUAAAUCUGUUGGAAAUAAAAUAUUAUAUGCUUAUUCCAAAAAUAAGGAAAAAAUGUCACCUUUUGAUUGUGUUAAACCAAACGCUUGCUAUGUGAUUAGAACAAAUAAAUUGUUAUUUUUUUGUCAAAUAUCUUCUGAUCCAGAGUCUAGCUAAUAUUGAUUAGAAAUGCAGAAAUUGCUUCUUAAUGUGGACCAUAAAUUGUAAAAAAAUAUUAAAAUAUCAAAUAAAAAAUUUGUCAAGUCGUACUUAUGA